AUGCUGCUCGGAGCGUCCUGGCUGUGCGCGUCCAAGGCGGCCGCCGCUGCUGCGCAGAGCGAGGGGGACGAGGACAGGCCGGGCGAGCAGCGGCGGCGGCGGGUGGCGGCCGAGGGGACUGGCGAGGAUAUGGACGAGUCGUCGCUGCUGGAUCUGCUGGAGUGCUCCGUGUGCCUGGAGCGUCUGGAUACCACGGCCAAGGUGCUGCCAUGCCAGCACACCUUCUGCCGCCGCUGCCUGGAGAGCAUCGUGUGCUCUCGCCACGAGCUCCGCUGCCCCGAGUGCCGCAUCCUGGUGGGCUGCGGCGUGGACGAGCUGCCCGCUAACAUCCUGCUCGUGCGCCUGCUGGACGGCAUCCGCCAGAGGCCCCGCGCAGGCACCAGCCCUGGUGGCAGUCCUCCCGCGCGCCCUGGCCCCAGUGCGUCCCCCGGGCUCGCCGGUGGUGGGGGCGGCGCGGCGGGCAGCGCCCCUGGAUCCCCGGUCUUCCUUCCCGCCGCUUUGGGGAGCGCCACCUCCAGCCUGUGCGAAUUGGCCACCAACCGGAGCAUGCCUGCGGCCAAGAAUGCUUGCCUUCUUCCCUAUGGCAAGGCCCUUUACAGCUACGAGGGGAAAGAACCUGGUGACCUCAAGUUCAACAAGGGGGAUAUCAUCAUCCUGCGGCGCAAGGUGGAUGAGAACUGGUACCAUGGAGAGCUGCAGGGCACCCAUGGCUUUCUCCCAGCCAGCUACAUUCAGUGUGUUCGGCCUUUGCCACAGGCUCCGCCCCAGGGUAAAGCACUUUAUGAUUUUGAGAUGAAGGACAGAGACCAAGACAAAGACUGCCUGACCUUCACCAAGGAUGAAGUUUUGACAGUGAUCCGGAGAGUGGAUGACAACUGGGCUGAAGGCAUGCUCGGAGACAAGAUUGGGAUCUUCCCCCUGCUGUAUGUGGAGCUCAACGACUCUGCCAAGCAACUCAUUGAGAUGGACAAGCCAUGUCCAGCUGCCACAGCUGCAUCUGGCUGUGACACUCCCUUGUCCUCUGAGUCCGGUGGGGUGGCCAACAUGGCCCCAGGCCACACUCUAGGUAGCUCAGGGGCAGUCAGUGCCUUCCAGCGGCGUGUGGACAGCAAGAAGAAUGCCAAGAAACGCCACUCCUUCACGGCGCUCAGUGUGACGCACAAAUCCUUACAGGCUUCCAGCCACAGGCAUUCCAUGGAAAUUAGUGCUCCAGUGCUCAUCAGCUCCAGCGACCCCCGUGCUGCGGCCAGGAUUGGGGAGCUUGUUCAUCUGUCCUGCACUGUGCCCACCCAGGAUUCCUCUUCAACUGGACUCAUCCCCACAGUCAUUCCUCGAUCUACUGCAGUGGCUGGAGACCCGGUCACAUCUCCCAAAGUCCAGCUGCCCCUCAAUGUAUACCUGGCUCUCUAUGCUUACAAACCCCAGAAGAAUGAUGAGCUGGAGCUGCGCAAGGGUGAGAUGUAUCGGGUGCUGGAAAAGUGUCAGGACGGCUGGUUCAAGGGGGCAUCACUGAGGACCGGGGUCUCUGGGGUCUUCCCAGGAAAUUAUGUGACUCCUGUCUCAAGGGUUCCUGGAGGAGGAGCUGGGUCAUCUCGGAACAAUGUACUUGGAGGAUCUCCACUGGCCAAAGGGAUGACCACUACCAUGCAGCCUGGUGGUGGAAGUUUGAGCAGUCCAGCAACCACCACCAGGCCAUCCCAGUCCCUUACCACACCUCAGGCUCACGCCCAGCACCUGGCAGCUUCUCCACCAAUAGGCAGCUGCCUGCGUCAUGCAGCCCAGCCCACAGCCAGCCAGACUCGGAACACCAUUCCAGCAGCCACCCACCCCUCAGCCCAGGCCCAGGAUCGACCCACUGCUACCGUGUCACCUCUGCGUACUCAAAACUCUCCAUCCCGCUUGUCUGCCACCAGCCUCAGGCCCCACUCCAUGGUGUCCCCACAGCACAGCCAGCAGCCUCCGAUGCAGAUGUGCCCCCGGCCGGCUAUCCCCCUCACAUCUGCAGCAUCAGCCAUCACCCCUCCCAAUGUCAGUGCUGCCAACCUCAAUGGGGAAGCUGCCGGGGGACCCGUCAGCAGCCUGUGUGCACCCAGCCCCACCAAUGCAGGGUGCAAGUCAGAGGACAAGAAGAAUGAAAAGAAAGAGAAGAAGAGCGGGCUGCUGAAACUUCUAGCUGGGGCAUCUACCAAGAAGAAGACACGUUCUCCGCCAUCCAUCUCUCCAACCCAUGACCCCCAGGUAGUCAUGGAUUCUUCACUCCAGGGUGCCAUGGGCCCUGAAGUGUCCCCAUUGUCCAUCCACGGCAGAGCCGGCUCCUGUCCUAUAGAGAGCGAGAUGCAGGGGGCCAUGGGGUUGGAGCCUCUACACAGAAAAGCAGGCUCCUUGGAUCUAAACUUCUCCUCAUCUCCUUCCCGACAAGCACCUCUUUGCAUGGCUGCCAUCCGCCCUGAGCCCAAGCCAUUACCCAGAGAGAGGUACCGGGUAGUGGUCUCCUACCCACCCCAAAGUGAAGCGGAGAUCGAGCUGAAGGAAGGCGACAUUGUCUUCGUGCACAAGAAGCGAGAGGAUGGUUGGUACAAAGGGACUCUACAGAGGAAUGGCCGCACAGGCCUCUUCCCUGGCAGCUUUGUGGAGAGCUUUUGAAGCCUGGUGCUCUUGUUCGGCACUGCUGGCUUCACGGAGGGUCUCCAGGAAACUGCCCCAGCUUGUUCCAGCUGUCAGUCUGUCCAUCACUCCCUCUUGUGGACCACAGAAGACCUUGAAGUUGAAGAGCACAUAACUGCCUCCUGAUCUUUCUGGGACUUGCUCUACCCAUCAUGCCCUAGGCCCCAGGUCAUUUCAGGGGCACCUGGCAGGAACACCUGGACUGGGGUAGGGACCAAGGGUGGGUACACCUUCACCUGAAACCCCAUCUAAGAGCACACCAGGGUGUACUUUAAGGCCAUGCCAAGCCCUAGUAGGAAGGUGCCCAUGCGGGCAUAUGUGCUGCUGUGUCCUCUGUCACCCAAGCAGUGCUUGCCACCUACACAAGAUGAGGAGCUGCAGAGGCUGCAGGCCUGGGCGGUGGGCUGGGGCCAAGAG